AAAACCUUAAGACCAAACUUUAUAAACAAAUAUGAGGCAAACCUUGUCUUCUUCCUUUGUCAUCCCUCUCUUUCUCUGCAUUUUCUUCUUCUUUGUUUCCAUUUCAACCUCCCAUGGCUUAACCGCCACCAAUGACAGUCUCAUACGCAAGACCUGCAAGAAAUGCGCUCAAAGCGACCCAAACCUCAGCUACAAUUUCUGCAUCACCUCUCUUCAAGCAGCUCCCCACAGCCACUGCGCCAACGACCUUCGCCAACUCGGCAAGAUUUCCAUCACCCUACUCGGCCGCAACGUAACCAACACAAGGUCUCACAUUAAGGAACUGUUGAAGAACCAAAAGAAGAUGGACCCUUUCGUCAGAUCAUGCUUGCACGAUUGCUUUGAUCUUUAUUCCGAUGCUAUCCCUACAACCAAACAGGCCCUCCAAGAUUACAAGGCCAAGCACUACGACGAUGCUAACAUUGAUGUGAGUUCGGUGAUGGAUGCUACUACAACUUGUGAAGAUGGGUUCAAAGAAAAAGAAGGCUUGGUUUCGCCAUUGACGAAGAGGAACAACGAUGCCUUCAUGUUGUCUGCUAUUUCGCUUUCCAUUAUUAACAUGAUUCGCUUGAAUGGUGAUUCAAUUUAAUUGUUUCUUUGUGUUUUUUCUAAUAUUCUUCAACAAAGUUUUUAGGGAAGCUUUCAUUGAAGCCAACUUUGAAGAUUGAAGAGUAACUAGUAAUUCAUAUUUGUCUUGAAGUUUACAAUUAAUAAUCUGGUAGUUAGUGUUCUUGAUGAUGUAGUUUUAAUGUUGAUCACAUUAAUCCAAAGAAUAAAGGACUUAUAUUUGUGCUUU